CCUUCCCAUGGGCUCUUCCACAAAGAAAAAAUUUGGGUUGGGAACAGGUGGUUGGCAAAACACAAAAGACGCUCUCGACGCGUCCCCAAAUGGAAGUGACCUUAGAACAACUCCAGUCGUCUCUCCAGGACGUGUCUUCUGGUGUCUAUAAUGGAAGGGAGUCCGACUUGUUUCAAGCCAUAGAAUCUGCGAAACCUCAACUGCUAAACUUGUUGGAUUCAGGACCAAAGUCUGCUGCAGAACGUAGCGCCGUAAAAGAUGGACCUGGUAUAAUGCGUGAUGGGCGGCUCUACAAACCUAAUGCCGCGGCGGCUGAGAGGAUCAUAUUCCUUUCUGAUCAUCUCAACACGUCGGAGACAUACUGUGCGGGUCUCAUGGAUCGAGUCGUCCUACAACAACCAAAUUUAACGCCUGUAACUCAUGUGGAAAUCGCGACACGAGAGUACUACAGCGUUAGGGACACAAUAUUGGCCAUAUGGAAACUCUUAAUCAAUAUAUUAGUUGCUGCAAGUCAGCCAGAACAAGAGGUCGAAGUUGCGGCUGGUAGCCUUGGUUGGCACCUCGCUGCAAAGACCAAAGAGUUGAUCCAGGAAGGCCACCCCGAAACGCUCUUAAACCGAAUACUCUCACAAAUUGAUGAGGCAGCAAAGCGAGUGGAAGAUGUCAGGAAAAAGCUCAUCGACGCGACCUCCCAAACCAAUACUGGAGUCUCGCUACGACAUGAAGUGUUGGAGGGAGAAGUCAGUAAAGUACUCGAACAGCGGAGAGAGCUGGGUGACCUACUGGUUCUGCUAUGCAAAACCAAAGAGCUAUCAGCGGACGAGAUUUUACACCUCAUCCAGUGGACCAGCAAGCUCAAACCUUCCGAUGACCUCAUUAUUCAUGUCUCUGCCGCUUCUCUCCUCGCUCUCUCCCCCACCAUCUCACCCACGAGCACUGCCCUUGACCACUUAGGCGACAAACUCCUCUUAACCGGCCUCCUCGGCAGGUUCGACGCUGCUACUCAAUGGGAAGCCAAAGGAAUGCGUGCGGCCAUCCAACUUGAGUGCGCUCUAUUUCUAGUUGCAUGCAGGGCUAGGGACCCAACGCUAUGUGAUGAGGUGAACGCUACAGUCGAUGAGGUAGAAUACCUCGCUACGCAAGCAAUGGAGAGUGAUGCCUUCAGAUUCUUGAGCCAUGUAAUUCUAUCUGCUCGUGGUAGAGAUUUGGCAGUUGGUGACAAGGGGUCGAUCGUAGCAGUAGCGGACAUACCACAAGCCACAGAGGGCUACGAACUCAUCAAUUCUGAAGUACGAUCGCAUGUCUACAGUGUGAUCGAAUCAACCAUCAUCAAUCUCCUGGCCUCUCUUCCGAACGUUCUCAAAAAGCUCAAACACAAGCAAGAAGAUGUGGGUAUCGUGGCACGUAAGCCCCCACUGCCGUUCGCUAACACCUUGGGACGAAUACCCGAGCCCCCGAGCGUAGCCCCUCCUCCUGCUCAACGGAGUGAUAUCGCCUCACUCUUCCGAUUAGUUGGUGUACUUUACGACGCCUUACCCGCCGAAUCUGCACUGAAAUUCUGGACGCUCCAACCAAGCAAAACGCGUCAAAUCGAUUCCGUCAACUCAAGGCUUCCUUCCUUUGUAAGAUGGGCAACCGAAUCACGAGGGGAGGUCAUGGUUCCCGCAGUGUACGAUAUGCUGGCCGGGUUGGCGAAGGGUACCUCCUGUAGCGAGCAUGCCUACAAUUAUCUCUCAACGGGAGGUGUCUCGGCAGGUACACUAGUGGGUAUGCAAGCAUCUUUUGGAGGUGGUGCCUUCUCCUGGUCUACCUUGUUUGGUUCUCUGGGCUUCUACUCAGAAAGCCUACCGAACCCUCGAUCUAUACAGCAAUACCGCCAACAAGGUCCACUUCCUGAAAUCCGUGUUGAAGAAGCCAAUCUCUUGGUAUCUUUCCUUAAGUUACUCAAAGUUGUGGCCCUAUGGUCGGUCCCCGCUCGCCUUGCGCUCGCCGAGCACGGUCAAUAUCGUGCGGUUCCUGCCAUGUUGCAGCUCGCAACUUGCCGUAUACCAUUGGAGCUUAAAGGUGCCAUCUAUGAUGCAGUAGCCGCAUUUUGCUCUCCUGGUGGAGGUCCCACGGGUAGUGCUAUAUGUCGGAAUACUUGGCUCAUGCUAGAGCAGCUUCAAGUCCUCGAUACGCAAAGUGUACCGACUGGCGUUGGCUCCUCCCAUGGGAUCAAAUUCGAGCUUCUGGAAGUUGAGAUGACGAACAAGGUGUACCCUUGCACUUCCUCCUUCAUUCGCCUUAUGAACUCCCUUAUCCACACCCCAAAAGACUUGUCCCUAAAGCAAACGCUCUUUGGAUCCCAAGGGGGGCAAACAGUUCCGGAUACCCUAGGAGCUCCUCAGCGAACCCUCCCUCUUAUACCCUACAUCAGCUUUAUCAUUGACGAUGUUCUGUUUCUCGGCGAAGAGCAUUUCAAAACAGAAGCAGAACGAUGGAGCCUCAAGGACAUGUGUCUACAAUUCUUGGAGAAGUCUCUGGCAAGCUACGAACUAGAAGCGCUACCUGCUACAUUACAGAACGUCGCAGCUCAAGGGCCACUAAUCAUCCGACCUUGGCUAGCCCAUCCUGGGUUCGAAAUUCUGAAUCGACUUUUCUCUGAGUCGCGACUACGAGCUUUAUUGAACGACUUUAUAGCCGAUGGUCCUAACAAGCUAGAGAGGAGCGCGAUAAAAACAAGAUAUUUCGAGAGUUGCAUGAGAAGAAUCAUCCGUAUAAUUCACCGAACCUUAGAUAUUCAAAGUUACUUCCUCGACAUGCUCGUUCCGACAAUUCAAUCCUUCGAUUUUACGUCCAUCCUCCCAAAUUUUGUCCCCGGUCAAUUGAUUUCUCUCGAUCGUCAUUUCCUCUUCAACCAUGUUCUCGUGGAACGCGUCGCACUACUGGUCACCCUCAGAGAUCAAGAGAUGCAACUCCUUGCCAUUCGGAUCCUAGGGAUGCUUGCGCUCUCACCUCAUUUUACGGUCAUGGACCAGCAAGCCUCUAGAACAGCAAGGAAGCUCAAUAGACUCGCCGUCAUUAUUCAAAACAGUGACGACUCUGUUCGAAUCAACGAGGGCUUUGCUGAGUUGCUGGCGAAUGACUUUGCUGAAUCAGAAAAUCUAGAUGAAAUGGAGGCUCAUAUCGGCGCAGGGACUCCAGACAGAGACGAAGAGGAAGAUGAAGUCCCGUUUACCUAUCUCAUAAGGCUCGAGAUAGCGAACUUAUUGCUCAAGAACACGGAAAAGGGCCGCCCAGCUCCUAAUUUAGCUCACUUAAUACUCGGCUUUGACGUUACCACCGCUUCAAAGAAUGAGCUUACAAUGCAAGACCCCAAUGCCCUCAACUCCAGCCGCUCCUGCUUCCACGUAAUUACUGAGCUGUUGAGUGAGGGCAUUCCAUUCCUGGACCCUUCAAGGAAACGGAGAGAAGAGCGACUCCUCAAAAGGACUCCACUUUACUGCAAGGCACCCCUAUUAGCGGAGAGAUUCCAUCGCCUUGUGUAUCAGCUAUGCUCUCAUGACCUUACCAGCAAACCCACCGCCAGAUACCUUCGAACACGAGAGGACUAUUUUGCUCGAAACCUCUCAGCUCUUCCUAUCCGAGCACCAGAGCUACCUUUUGAUGCUGAAGGGAUAGCCAGUUACUCUGACGGGAUGAGUGUCGAUUCAAAUUGCCGCUCUUUGACGUCUUUCCUGCGAAUGAGAGCCUGGCUUCUGGACUCGAUUGCUCUAGAACUUCAUUUGCUUACGGAUGAAAGACAGUUCCCGCGAGCUGGUCGUCUACUCGAUAUCCUAUUCAGUG